AUGAGUUAUGAUAGAGCCAUAACCGUGUUCAGUCCUGAUGGACAUCUGCUACAAGUAGAACAUGCCUUGGAGGCGGUUAAAAAAGGAGGCUGUGCAGUGGCACUAAAAAGUUCCAAUUUCGCUGUUUUGGCAGUGGAAAAGAAAAACAUUCCGAAAUUGCAAAACCCCAGAACGACGGAGAAGUUGAUCAAAUUGGACGAACACAACUGUUUAGCCUUUGCAGGGCUGAAUGCCGAUGCGCGGGUUUUAGUGAAUAAGACGCGACUGGAAUGCCAAAGGUACUUUUUAAACAUGGACGAACCGGCGCCAGUUGACUACAUUGCCAAGUACGUUGCAAAGGUUCAGCAGAAGUUUACACAUAGAGGAGGUGUGAGACCAUUUGGAAUAGCAACGUUGAUCGCUGGAUUUAAGAAUAACAAAGAAAUAUGCAUUUACCAAACGGAGCCCAGCGGCAUUUAUGCAUCGUGGAAAGCGCAGGCAAUUGGAAAAAACGCAAAAGUUGUGCAGGAAUUUCUGGAAAAAAAUUACCAAGAAAAUAUGGAGCAGAACGAUUGCCUCCUUCUAGCCAUGAAGGCCAUAUUUGAGGUGAGCACAGAGAACUUGAGUGUUUCCGUCGCAUCGAGAAAGAAAAGGAAGGAUUUGUUUGUGAAGGGAAACACCCGUGAUUAA